AUGACCGUGUGGUGGCUCCUAAAGAUUUUGAUCCUUACCCUGGCCCUCUCAGGCCAAACCACAUGCCAGAAGAGAAGGAGGAAAGGACAGAGAGAUGAUAACCAGGUCAUCAUUAAUGAGGCCAAAACCCUGAUCUGCCCGGUGGAGAUCAUGUUCAUCGUGGACAGUUCAGAGAAUGCAAAACCUCUGCUGUUUGAGCGUCAGAAGGACUUCAUCUUGGGCUUCAGCACUAAGCUCAUGCAGCUCCACUCGGCCGGCUGGCGUCUGCGGCUUCGCCUGGCCGCUCUCCAGUACAGCAGCAAGGUGUCGGUGGAGCACAACUUCAGAGACUGGCAGGACCUGGACGUCUUCCAGAGCCGGGUGGCCUCCAUGACCUUCAUCGGCCAUGGCACCUACUCCGCCUAUGCCAUCACCAACGCCACCCAGGUGUUCAGCCGCGAGACAUCGUCCAGCAGCCUGAGGGUACUGCUGUUGAUGACGGAUGGGACGGACCACCCGCGUAGCCCCAGCGCUGUGACAGCUGCUGCAGAGGCCAAACAGCACAACAUCCGAAUGUUCACCAUCAGGCUGUCAGGGCUGCCCAGGGACGGUCUCACGGGUACAAAGCUACGAUCCAUUGCUAGCGCCCCCCCACAGCAGCACGUCCUCAGCCUCACUGACAGCCAGCUGGAUGACAGACUCUUUAAUGAACUGAACACAAUUGUCAAAACUGGGGUGUAUAGAACACAUUAG